AUGGGUAAUUCACUGGCAGAAAGCGACAAAGAAAAGGUGGACAGUGACCGAGUGCGAGUACAGCACAGCACAACAGCGCAUAACAAUAACAGCAACAUCGAAACAUAUGGAGUGGCGGAUGGUGACACCUACAGAGGGUGCACAGCGCCCGGUCACCUCGGCUCUGGGCUCUUCCAGCAGUUGAGUUGA